CUGAUGUCACUUCCGGUGACGUUAUCGCUUGAGAAAUCUGCAAGACCGAAAGCGGGCAUCAAUGGGCCUUGACUACAGGGAACACAGCCUUUCGUCAUGUAUAGCUGUGAAAGCGGGAGCCUGCAUUUGUGUAUAGGGACUGUUUUCUUUUAGAUUUGGUGUUUGUAGUUAACGUUAAGCGCGCAGAAGGCGGAUUUAUUGACAGGUUGGUGACGGAAGGAGACAAAGCUCUCGGAUAUUCCUGUUGUUCUUGUGGAUGCAACUUUAUUACAGGUUCCAUGCAGGAGUUGCCGUCCACCAUGCUAAGAUAAAGGCGCAGGAUCGUGUUCUGAAGAUGCUAAAGCGACUGGACAAGAUAAGGUUCAGAGGACCGAAGCGUGAUGAGUUCCUCGACAUUGCAGAGUCACCAAACGCCUCGGACAGUGAAUGCAAUGAUGAUCUCUUGAUAAAACCUCCAGCGUCCAUUAAAGACGGAGAGGAAGUACGGGACCCUGCUGGUCCAGGGUCCAUCGUCAUGGCUGCUGCUCUCCAGGACUACCAGAGGACAGAGGCAGACAGGCUCAAUGAGGUCAAGGGUCACCUUGAAAUCGCCUUACUGGAGAAACAUUUCCUUCAGGAAGAAUUGAGGAAACUCAGAGAGGAGAUGAACGUUGAGACACUGAAGCAGGAACUUGAGAAAGAGAAAUUGAAAAGACUUGACCUUGAACAGAAAAUGAAUGAAAUCCUUAAAACCAGACCAGAGGAUUCCCCGCCUCCUCCUGCCAAAGCUCAUGGUCCUGCUGUCAAUGGGACAGGAGAAAAGCAGAAGGAGUCUGUGAGCUCGAAGCUAUGGAAAUGGUUGUAUGAACGCUUCGGUGUGUACAUAGAGGACUUCCGCUUUCAGCCUGAGGAGAACAUGGUGGAGACGGAGGAGCCACUCAGCGCUAAAAGAUUAACUGAAAAUAUGAGGCGUCUGAAACGAGGAGCUAAACCGGUCACUAACUUCAUGAGAAACCUUUCUGCCUUAUCCAGCUGGCACUCUGUCUACACAUCAGGCAUCGCCUUCAUUAUCUAUAUGUACGCUGUGUGGCGUGGCUGGGCAAUUCCUAUGUUUCUCUUCCUAGCUAUUCUCCGUCUGUCUUUAAAUUACCUCAUAGCAAAAGGCUGGAGGAUUCAGUGGAGUAUUGUGCCUGGGGUGUCUGAGCCAGUGGAACCUCCGAAAGAAGAUUUAACUGUCUCUGAGAAGUUCCAGUUAGUGCUGGAUGUGGCACAAAAAGCACAGAACCUCUUUGGAAAGAUGUCAGAUGUUCUAGAGAAAAUCAAAAACCUGUUCAUGUGGGUGCAGCCUGAAAUCACUCAGAAGUUGUAUGUUGGUCUAUGGCUAGCGUUCAUUGCUUCCUGCCUGCUGCCUUACAAACUCGUAGGCUUCCUAAUUGGGCUCUAUGCUGGAAUCAAGUUCUUUAUUAUUGACUUUAUCUUCAAGAGCUGCCCCAAACUUAGGGAUAAAUAUGACACGCCACACAUUGUAUGGAAAAACCUGCCAACUGACCCACAGCUCAAAGAACGCCAGAGCGGCAACAUCAGCAGACGGCUGUCUGCCUAUGAAAAGCCAGAGAGGAUCGAAGACAACUCGACUCCUUUGGUCUACUGUUUUGAUGAAGAUGGGCUCCUGUGUUUCACUAUCCAGCCUGUGGUCGCACGUGGCAGCCUAGUGACCGCAGUGCCAUGCGGUGUUGGCCGUGACGAGGAGACUGGGCGUGCCUACAGCACCAAGCGAGGUCCUUUCCAUGAAGUCUUCAAUUUGCCUGAGAAUGAGCGCCCCCUACCAGUGUGUGAGCACGGGUGGCGUUGCUGCUUAAUCAACAGGGACAGGAAAAUGCCCACUGACUACAUACGGAAUGGCUACCUCUACGUGACAGAAAACCACUUAUGCUUUGAGAGCUCCAGCUCCCGUUCUGCAUCAUCAAAGAAGAAUAAAGUCAUCAGACUUCAAGACAUUACAGACAUUCAGAAGUAUAAGGUUUUGUCAGUAUUGCCUGGAUCUGGGAUGGGAAUCUCAAUAGCCACACCUUCUACACAAAAGCCUCUUGUGUUUGGUGCCAUGAUUCACCGAGACGAAGCCUUUGAGGCCAUCAUCAGCCAGUACACAAAGAUCAUCGGUGCCACUCCCCAUGUUACAGUGACAAACCUGGAAACGUAGAACAUGUGGUGAAGUGUUUUACAGUUUAACAGUGCAGCUUCUUCCACUUCUUCUCUUCCUCAAGGAGGUACAGGGAUACAGAGAAAGAUUUAUUAAAAAAAAAAAAAAAAAAAAGGAAUCCAUGUCCCUUUGGGUGCCUGUGCUGCGUUUUUAGAAGUGUUUAAAACAUGGCUCCUUUGUGAUGAGAUAUUUGCACCAGUGUUUUUUUUUUUGUGUAUCUCCUUUGGGAAUUAACUGAGUACCACGGAACUGCUAAUACAGAGCAGGAGCUGGUUCUCCUGACAGUGUCAUGUAUGAUUCUAGUCUUGUGUGUCAUUUUUUGUGUCAUAUAUAGUGUGAGUGUGUGUGCGCAAGCAUGUGUGUGUGUGUGUGUGUGUGUGUAUUAUCAUCUAACUUUUAAUCCUGGAGCGAGUUCUCCUUACUGUUUAUGAGACUAUUCUCAUCUGUGUUUCUCUGUGUACUGUCAAACAACUUUUAACCCCCCUCUUUUAUUUCUAGCAUUUUUUUUAAUUGUAUUGCCUCCAGCCUUGCACAUGGGGACACUGCAGUUUGUGGUGCUGAGAUAUAGGGAAUACCACGGGCUGAAGUGGAGCCGCUGCUGAUCCUUCAGAAGUGCUCAGAAACAUAUACCAUGGCCUUUUGUUUUAAACCUCGAUGCUGCAAGCUUGGGUUUUACUUUAUGCUGGAAACUACAGAGUUAAACAGAAAACCCAACUGUUGGGAAUUUCUAUCUGCACCACUCCUAAAUUCUUCAAAGAAGUGUGAAUACAUUGUAGAGAAUUCUGUUUAUCAGUAAAUGUGAGGAAAUAAACAUUACACAGUGGGACGGUAAGCAUCCAGCAUGGAUACUUAUAUUGGCUGCCCUGUAGCUACAAGCUACUCGAUCAUUUAAAUUAAAUUAAGUACAGUUGUACAUCAUGUAUAGAGCAAGGAAUCUGGAUUUCAAUUCAUCACUAUAGAAUGUAUUCUUUACUCACAUGCCACAGAGAAAAAAGUUGCACCAGGUGGGAUUUUGGCAUUGUGUGGAUUCAAUACAAGUCCCAUGAAAUAGACAAGUAAAAAAUUGGGCUUAAAAUCCCACUACAAUCUGAUUUCUUUUCACUGUGUGGUGUACAGAGCUGUAUGGGGAUGAAAAUUUCACACUAUAACGCUGCAUGUUAACCUUCUCUUCUCCCUGUAAUGUCUCAUCACAUAAAGAUGUCCUGAAAAAGCCUUCAGUCUUAUAAAUGUACCAGUAUAUAAGGAAUUCACCUAGCUUACUGUUGUGAAAAUGUGUGUGCCACAUACUGUAAAGUGUUCUCUCUUCCUGUAGUUGCUGUGGGAAUACUUUACAAUUUGUCCCAGUGUACGGUCGCUGUCCCCAUUCCCAUGCAGCUCUCUAGUGUGUAACUGCUGCACCUUAACGGUCCUGCUCAUCUUCAGAUAGGGUUAGGAAUGAUAGGAUUAAGCAAUUUGGUUAAUCAGUGUUUGCUCUGAAUGACACAUUUUUAGUUAUUCCAAUAAGCUCACACAAUAAGCACAACCACACCAUUAACUGAGAGUGUAAGAGGUGUGAAGGGAUGUUCUUCUCAAGCAUUUUCCUGUCUGCUGUGUAUAGAAUUGUUACCAAACUUGAACUAUUACAUGCUCCAUGUUGCAGGAAUGCUUCCAUUAGCUGUCCUAAACCCUUUGCACAAACAAACAAAACUUUUGUCUAUAUGUAUAGGCCAUAUAAAGGAACACUUCUGAAAUAAUCCACUUAAUAUCUAUCCAUUGUGUCUGUAUCGGGUUUGAGGAUUUUUAUUUUAAGAUUUUCAGAAGUUUUUUUUUUUUUAAUGAAAUCCUGUGGUGGUGUUUUUUUUUGUUUUGUUUUGGUUUUAAACAGUUUAUAAUGGUUGUCUAAGGGCAAAAUUUUGUCAGUACAGCAGCAGUUUGUAGGUACAAAUCUACAGUAUCCCAUUGAAUCUAGAUUGAAUCUUCAGUAAAAUCUGCAAAUUAAUGAGGAUUUCAGAAUGAGACAUUUAAAAACUGUCGACUUUGAGUUUUAACUUUUGAAUUGUGUAGCAAUGCACUAAAGUCGAUGUAUUGACACUCUCAGGUGACCCUCCAUGUUUUUACUAUAAGUUAGUUUUUAUAGUAGUAACACAUUAGUUCCAUGCCAAGUGUGAAUAAUGCAUAAUACAUGUAAAAGCCUUAGUUUACAAAAAUCUUUGCCUAUAGAAUUAGUCAUUGUGCUACAUUUUCUGCCCUUAGACUUCUAUUAGAUUAGAUUCUUCGAGUGAACAGUUUUGUUUUCCAUUCUUUACACAGUACAGAGAAGUGUGUAGAAAUUCAUGUCUGUAGCAGUUGCCAAAUGCUGCUACAGUCACAUUAAAAAAGAUGAUUUUUAAAAAAUUUUUACGUACUUGAUUUUGAGCUUAUAUUCAUAAUUAGUGUAUCCCGAUGUAUUUCACUGUAGCCUCGUUACAAUGUAGUACGUACUUGUUAUUGCUUGUAAUUACUACUUGUUAAACCAUUACGAAUCCAAACAUGCCUUUUUUUUCCUUGUAUCCAGAAACAAUUUUAUUAUGCCAGUCUAUUGUGAGAGGGGAAAACAACUCCUCAUGAUGAUAUCACCUACUAAGCCUAUGUACUCAACUAGCCACAUGACUCUGUGCUAACCAGCACUUUAUACAAGUAGCAUUUGUGUACAUGUGUCUGUGUUGUUUCUGUUCCUACUGCUAUGGCACAUUAUUCUUGUUAAUUAGCUAUGUGUUUCACUUUGUGCUUCUCAUUAUUUUCCUCACCAUCUUGUUAAAUGGAGUCACCACUGAUUUAACUCUAAAUGGUUUAGUGCUGUAACUAAAAGUUUUGGGUUCUUACCGAGUGUAAAAUGCAAUCAGCUAGUACAACAUUGAAUCGUUACAGUUUUCAUUUGAGGCUUGAAGCUCUGUAAUUAACAUAGCUCAUAAUUAAUCAUAGACAUCCUAAGACCUCAGCGAAGAUACAGAUGGCACAUUAGAGACGAAGCACAGAAUUUCCUGGAAACAAUUUGCCAAAUAUUAUGUCUGUGUUACUGUUUGAUGUUUGCUAUGCCCUUUACCUGCUCUGUCUACAGAGUAAAUUAUUUUCUUGGCCUUGUUUGAUCCCUAGAGAGAUCUAGGGGCAUGAGAAUGGGCCCCACAGGUUUUAUGGUAAGUGUCUAUGGUACUUUAAGGUACUAAGGGUUUAAAUUGAUUAUGAAAAAUUAGCUGAUGUGUUAAAGUGUUCUGUUUUUGAUUGGUAGGGUGUCUUCUAUCUUGUUUUUCAUUGUGCAGCAUACUCAAGAUGUACAUGCAGGAAAACAGAUAUUAGGGACCUUUUUUUUCACCCUUUUUUGUUGUUGGACAUUUUAAAAAGUUUUGUCUGAUUUGGUUGUCUGUGUUUAUAUGGUUAGCCAAAGACUAACAGUGUUUUUAUUUUUAUUUUUUUUUGUUGUUGUUUUGUUGUUUUUAUUUUUUUAAUGAAUUUUUAGAGGAUCCAGUUAAGAAAACCAUGUAUAGAACACAUUAAAUCAUUAACCUCAGAUCAACUCAUUGAUGCUGUUUUAAAAUUCUGUGCGCAUGCAGUUAAUCGUACAUGAUGAUUAUUUUCUCUGGUUUGGUUACUCAGUCAGUAAGCUGUAGAGCUGCCCCAUGGAGGUUUCACAAAGACAACAACAGAAAAUCAUGUUAAACAAGCCUCUGAACUGUUUUUAAAGAAGUUGUCUAAUAUAAAUGUGUUGUACAUUUUUCUAUUUAAGUAAAAUAAUUUAACAUA